AUGCCCGCUCUUCCGCAAUAUUUGGUUCCAUUCGACCCAGUUCGCCCUGGCGCUUGUCCUGGGGUCACUGGUAGUCAAGGUGAGCUAGCGGGGCUGAUGCUGCCCCCGGCAAGGUCGUGCGAGUUCUACUCGACAGGUAUUCUCGGCGCGUCCCGUUACGACCCGUCACUCAACCCUCCCAGUCUUCCGUCAUUGCUCGACCCCCCUGCUUGUAAUUCCGUCUACGCUAGACCGGGCGGUGCGCUCCGCUGUGCACCUACGAGCGUCGCAAGCCAGAUUGCGUGGGAAAAUUCGAGUAUUUUGAUGGUACCUGAAAAAGAGUCGUCACUGAACGCGUUCGAAAAUUCAGUUCUUUAUCCCUCAAACGCGUGUAUCUCGGUUCACAGGCUGUAUUACGAAACGACUAGGGCACUGGUGUAUGGCCACGGUCGAGGCGCAUCUUUCAGUGCAGGAAUGAAGAAAAUCGGAUGCGUGGUUGACAAGGAGCGGUUUUACAAAGGUCGGACCAAGAUCCCGCAACUCCCUGUACCCAUGCACCGCCCUCCGUUCGUCCCAAUUGGGCAACGCCGUUUCCCAUGGAGCAGAUAUAAUGCCCCCCUCGACGUUCAGAAUUGUUCUUUUUUCCUUUACACAAGCUUUGCUUAUCGAAUCCCGCUUUCACGCUCGUUUCAACUCUCACACCCAAACCAACACACACCCAAACCCAAACCCAUCACCCAAUAA